CGGCUCUUCCCGCCCCGCGCGGCUCGGUGGUGACGCGGUGAGUCAGUGAGCGGAGAGUCCGGCCGCCCUUCGCUGGGAGCUGGCGCGCGAAAUCUGUUCAGAGGUUAUGGAUGACAAGCCCAGUCCUGGAGCCGUAAGUGAGAGUUCAGAACAUCUCUUCUCCUUUGGAGUUAUAGCAGAUAUUCAAUAUGCUAACUUAGAAGAUGGCUAUAAUUACCAAGGAACCAGAAGAAGAUACUACAGACACAGUCUUCUUCACUUGCAGGGUGCUAUUGAACACUGGAAUAGAGAAAGCAGUCCACCCUGUUGUGUCCUUCAGCUUGGAGAUAUCAUUGAUGGCUACAAUGCGCAGUAUAAAGCAUCAGAAAAGUCACUAGAACUUGUUAUGAACGUGUUCAAAAGGCUUAAAGUCCCAGUUCAUCACACGUGGGGAAAUCAUGAAUUCUAUAACUUCAGCAGAGACUAUUUAACAAACUCUAAACUGAACACAAAGUUUCUAGAAGACCAGAUUGAACACCAUCCGGAAACUGUGCCUACGGGGAGUUUUUACGCUUACCAUUUUGUUCCAUUCCCUAAAUUCCGGUUCAUUUUACUCGAUUCUUAUGACUUGAGUGUCUUGGGCGUGGACCAGUCCUCUCCAAAAUACCAGCAGUGUCUGAAGAUGCUGAAGGAGCACAAUCCAAAUAUGGAAUUGAAUAGUCCUCAAGGACUUUCUGAGCCUCAGUUUGUCCAGUUUAAUGGAGGAUUCAGCCAAGAACAACUGAACUGGUUGAAUGAAGUCCUUACAUUCUCUGACACAAACCAAGAAAAGGUGGUGAUCGUGAGUCCCCUACCACACCUCUGGCCCUGCUGCCUGGAUGAAAGCAAAGCCGAUGUAACAGGGACAAGUGUUAGAGAUACAACUGACAGUCAUCUUCCCAUUUACCCAGAGGCCUCUGACUCUGUGUGCCUGGCCUGGAAUUACAGAGACGCCCUCGCAGUCAUUUGGUCUCAUGAGUGUGUGGUGUGUUUCUUCGCCGGUCACACCCACGAUGGUGGCUACUCUGAGGAUCCUUUUGGUGUGCACCACAUCAACGUGGAAGGAGUCAUUGAAACAGCUCCGGACAGCCAGGCUUUUGGCACGAUUUAUGUCUAUCCCGACAAAAUGAUGUUGAAGGGGAGCGGCCGAGUUACAGACAGAAUUAUGAAUUACAGGAAGGAAAAACCUUUUCCACUUUUAGUCUGAUUUAUUUUAUCCAUAUUGAAAGAGGAGACUUAGCUUCAUGUUUGCGCUCCGUUACCCCACCCCUAACUCCUCUGUCUCAUUGUUUAGUAUUCUGUUGGUGUAACAAAAUGUAUUUAUGGCUUCAGGGUGUUUUGCUCAUAAGACAUUCUGAAGUCAUUUUGGAAUGUAUAUCCAGUGCUAAAAAUUGGAAAGAAAAUGAAUCAAAGUGCCAUGAAUGAACCAGGGAGGAGACCGGGCAGGGUGGGGGUGGGGUAUAGUCCUCAAAACAGACUUUAUUUUCGCCUUACCUGAGACUUUUAAAAAAUUUUUUACGAGGAGAAUAUGCUCAUUUACUAGCUAUGUAACUUAAAAUUCAUAAUAAAACUGCUCAGGUAAAGCUUUUCCUUCUAACCAUCCUGUGCAAAUGAGCUUUGGACAUUUUUUUGCUCAGAAUAGCCAUCAUAUUAUAUUUUUAUAAGCUUGUGUUCCUAUUUUGUAGACCCAAACUGUCAUGUUACUCCACAGGUGAAUGAAUGAAUGGUGCUCCCAUUCCCAUAAGUGAUGUGUGCCUCUCGUGUGAGACUAUAAGAAGGGCCUUCAGAGAAGUUAUGUGGCCAGUGCAGCUGUGUGCCUGUUUCUGGGGUCUGUUUGGGCCACCAGCUAGAGCUGCAUGAGGAUUGAUAGCAGCUAAAUGAAUUCACCCUUGACUCCCUUCGUAGAUAAAUGGGACGUGUUCAAUUCAGUUGUCAUGCUAAGGCUUAUUUGCAGAAACACUAUAUGGCAAAUGGGGACUGUUUGGAGUGUAGAGAAGGUUUGAUUAAGGGCUUAAAAACAGUAAGGGAUCAACCAAUGCUGAUCAACGUGAGUGUGCCUGCCCAACCCCUUACCUAGGCAGUACAGGUCUAUUUGUUUUCUAUGGCUGUGGUGACAAAUUACCACAGACUUGGUGGUUUAAGUAACAUAUUUGUUCUCUUAACAGUUCUGGAGUCAAAAGUCAGAAGUUAUUUUCACUGGGCUGGGAUCAAGCUGCUGUUAGGGCCAUGCUCCAUUUUGCUAUAUAAGGUAACAUUCCUAGGUCCUGGAGAUUAGGGCCUGGGUAUCUUUGAGGGGCAUUAUCCAGCCUACCUCCGAGGUGACUGAUGUACUCCCUGCAGUAACCAGCUGUAUAAUGGUGAGGAAACAGACCCCUACAUACAAGUGUGUGAAGAAUAUGGAGCAGGAAUUUCAUGUUGCUUGAAGGGAUUAGGGAUGACUUGAAGAAGGAAGAAGAAAGGGUUAAAUGGGUGUGGAAGUGCAUUUCAAGUAAACAGAAUAGCAUAAGCAGAGGCAUUGAAGGAUAUGCUGAGUUUAGGAGAUGCAAGUAAUGAUACGACGAUUCACCGAAAGGUGCCGAGUAAUAAAACAGGAAAAGGUUAGGCUAUGGCUGUGUGCAGAAGAGCCUUGAAUGACCAGCCCAGAGUUCAGACUUAUCUUGUCACACAGUGUGAGAACCCCAGGCUCCUGAGCUGGGCCAUAUAUGAUUAGAUUCGUGCUUCAGCCCAGGCAGUAGAUGAUGAGAGGCUGGUGUACAAGUCUCAGUGGGAAGAGAGAAGAUUGGGGGUGAGAAGACAUGUUUUGAUAGUAGAAAUAUUAAACUUACUGGUAAUGCUUCAAUUGAAAAGUAGAGUUUAAAAGUAAUUUCAGUAAUGCUCUUUUCUAAAGGCAGUACUCUACCAAAAGUUAGUUCCUUAAAUAUACUUACGGAGAUUUAAAAGGAGCUAUCAACUCACAUGUUCAGUGUGAUGUGGGAGAUGCAGAUAAAAUGAACGUGUAUCUUGGACAUUUUUUUUCAAAUUGGAACAUUAUUGACUUUUAAGCACAGAAUCAAGCAUGACUUGGAGGAUGGGUAGGUUCUAUAUAGAAUUUGCAAGUAAGUCCAUUUCCUCAUGUAUGACCUUAAUAAUUAUACAAAAAGGUAUAAAAGCCGUAACUGCUAUACAGACUAAAUGCACAUUGGAACACUGAAAUCCUUAAAGUAAAUUUCACUUUAAUCACUUUAAUGUCAACUAGAUUUUUUCCCCUUUUACAUUAUCUAAAUCUUGAUCAAGAAUUUCUGACUAUCCAGAGGCCAUUGUGUAAAAUAAAACACAUGUAUACCUCCUUAAACAAACAUUUAUAGAACACUUAAAUUGUAUUUAAGGUUAUAAGAAUAGAGACAAACUACCAGGCUCAUUUUCACUCUCCUGAGUUAUGAUUGGUGCUAAUACUUUUUGAUUGAAAUAUUUCCUACAUCUCGUGAAAUGGUGUCUUGAGUAGCCCAUGUGAAAAAGUUGCCAUAUAAACAGCAUUGACCAGCAGAAAUAUAAUGCGAGCCUCAUGAAUAAAGUAUUUUAGCAGUCACAUUUAAAACAGUAAAUAGAGGCUGGGGGAAGGUCAAGGGGAAAAAUAAAAAGACAAAUGUACUACUCUUUGUAAUAUUUUAAGCAAUAAAAAGAAGUUAAAACAGUAAAUAGAAACAGAUAAAAUCAACUUCCAAUACGUUUUAUUUACCCCAAUAUAUCUAAAAUAUUUCAAAAUGUAAUCGAUAUAAAAAUUUUACAUUUGUUAUACUAUGUCUUUAAAAUCUAGUGUAUAUUUUAUAAUUCAACCCAUGCAUUGGACACUAACUUCAUUAGAAAUACUUGAUCUAGUUUUAGAUAUAAAAUUUGCAGUAGGUUCACAUACUUACUCCAAGCAUGCUUAAAACAAGUGUUCCAAACAUUAUAAGCUUUCUAAUAGCUGAAUUGAUAAGUUUUUAAAUUAAAAUGGAAAAGAAAAUGUCCUCCGUCUAGACACAUUUCAAGUGCUCAGUGCACACGUGGCUGGUGGCUGCGGUAUUGGAGAGGACAGCUCUAACAUGGUCUCACCCCAGGGUUACUUUUGAAAUUCAUUUUUUUCAAAUGUGUAUAGACUUCAGUCUUAUUUUUUAUUUACAGUGUAAUUGAUAUUGUUUCCUUUUUGGUUCCAAAUUCCUUGAUCUAAUUUUCCUUUCUUUCCAAGACAUGCUUGCUUAUUUGUUUCAUCCGGGUCCUCAUUUAGUUCAUGGCACUGUACAGUUAAAUGUAAUGAGAUUAGGUCAGGGAGACAGUCCCCUCUUGAACCUCUACUUCUGUCAUAUUAACCAAGCCCCGCUUCCCUGUAUUUUAAUCAUGCGUAGUAGCCCUUUGUAAGCAAUUUAUAUUUUUAGAGUGCUCUCAUAAUAUCUAGUUUCCAACUUUGUAUAAGUAGAUCUAGUUUUAAUCCUGGUUUAUAGAUAAAGAAAGAACCACCAGGAGGUUUUUUAUAUUUCCCAAGUCACAUAGAUAGUGAGGAAGCUGAGUUAGAAUUCAUAUUUCUUAACUUUUUUUCAACUGCCUUUUGUACUACACUAUGACACAAUAGGGUGUCAGACCCCCGUCUCUUACUAGUCCCAUCCAACCCUGUAGUCAGCCUUAAAAAGUUCCUGGGAUUAAAAAAAUAAAAUCCAUGUUUAUAAAAAUUGAAUAUUCUCAUUUUGAGAACAGUAUUCUUCAUUUCAUUUAAAUGACUGUCUUGCAGUGAGUUGGCCAGGAGGAACGCAUCUCCUUGUUAAUAUAUAUGUAGAGCCAGGCAGUAAAUGGGAAAAGAGCAAUUACAGUGGCAACAACCAACUGAAUUCUCCCACCAACUGGAUUCCUAUAAAGACACAAAAAUUAUCAUAAGUAAAAAUCCAAUAAAAUUAUAGAUUACAUUGGAAACAAGUAUAAAGAUAGAAUUUGGUAAAACAUCAUUUUUUGUAUGGUCCUUUUUUAAAAUACUGAACUAUAACUUACUGAUUUUAUGAAUUUAUAUAUUAAUGCAAAUCCUGGUUUACAUGUGUUGCAAAUAGCUUUUCCCACUCAAUGAUGUCUUAGAUAAUUAUUUCAGGAACUGAAGUGAUUGUUAAAAUUUAUCUUUUCAUAAUGAUUUUUGUGUCCUGUUUAAGAAAACUUCCCAGAGGUCUGGAAAAUAUUGUUACCUCUUCUAAGUUUUACUUUCACAUUAGAUCUAUAAUCCACCUGGAAUUGAUUUUUGUAAAAGUUGUAAGGUUAGGGUUGUUUCACUUUUUUCCCUUAUGCUAUUCAGUUGCUCCAGCGCUGUUCAUUGAAGACUGCCUUUCUUUGCUAACCUGCAGCACCACUGUGCCAUAAGUCAAGGGUCUGUGUAUGGAUGGAUCGCUUUCUAGAUUCUAUUUUGUUUCAUUAAUUUAUCCUUUUGCCAGUAAUAGAUUUUAGCCUAUACUGCCACUGGAUAAUUAUUUAGGUCUUCCUUAUUUUAAUAUUUAGGUCUUUAAUUUCUCCUAUAAUAUUUUAUAGUUUUGUGUAGAGAUAUUUUGCAUCUCUGUUAGAUUUAGUCCUAGGGAGUUAAUUUUUUUUAUGUUAUUAAAAUGUUAACUUUGUGUUGUUAUUUUGUUACUUGCUGAUAAAAGUACAGUUGAUUUUAGUACAGUGGGGCCUUGACUUAUGAGUGUCCCGACUAACGAGUUUUUUGAGAUACCAGCUGUCUCUCGGCCGAUUUUUUGCAUUGAGUUGAUAGAGUAAUUUGAGUUAAUGAGCUCCUUAACGAACUCGGUCUCGGAACGAAUUAAACUCGUAAGUCAAGGCCCCACUGUAUAUCGACCUAGUAUCUAGCAAUCAUGUUAAGGUCACUUAUACAAAUAACUUUUUAGAUUCUUUUUUAUUUUCUAUGUAUGCAAUCAUGUCACCGUAAAUAAUGAACUUUAAUGUUUUCUUCUCAAUCUUUGAGCCUUCUUCUUCUUGCCUUAUACUGGUUAGGACAACAGCUAGAACAGUGCUCAGUAGAAGCAUCAAUAGUGACUAACCUCAGCUCUUUCCUGAUCUCAGAGGGAAAGUUUCACCUGCUCACUGUAAUGUAUCAUGCUUUGGCACAGAUACCCUUUAUCAUGUUACUUCCCUUGGAUGCCUAUUUCCUACGAGCCCUUACUAUGAAUGGGUAUUAAAUUUUAUCAAAUGCUCUUUUUGUAUAGAUUGAGAAGGUUGUUUUCUUUUAUUCUGUUAAUGCAGGAAGCAUUUGUAGCUUUUUAAAUAUUAAAACCAUCUGUAUUCCUAGAAUAAACACAACUUGGUGGUUGAGUUAUAUAUUGCAAGAUCUAAUUUGUUAAUGUUUUGUUUAACAUUUUACCAUCUGUGGUCGUGAGAUUGCCAUGUAACUUCCUUUUGUUUUUGUAUUAUCAAUUUUAGUAUCAUGAAUAUUCUACCCUAAUAAAACGAAUUGAAAAGUGUUUCUUUUUUUACUGUUCUCUAGAAGACUUUGUUUAAGGCUGAUGUUAUUUCUUCCUUAAAUGUUAGGUAGAAUUCUCCAGUUAGGCCAUUUGGUCUAGAGUUUUCUUUCGGGAAAAAUUUAAUUAUGGACUCAGUUUCUUUAAUCUGUAUGGGACUGUUCUGAGUACUUCUUGUGUCACUUUUGAUAAAUUGUAUUUUUAAUGAAUUUGUCCAUUUUGCCUACAUUUUCAAACUUAUUGGCAAAAAAAAUUGUUCAUACUACCCACUUAUGCGUUUUGCAACAUCUGUUAUACUGUAUAGUAACGUUCUGUUUUUCAUUCCUGCUAUUGGUUAUUUGUGCCUGUUCUUAUUUGCUCUCAUUCUUAUUAUUUUGCCAGGGCUUACUAAUGUUAUAAAUCAUUUCAGAGAAUGAAUAUGGACCUACUUAAUCUUUUAUGUUUCAUUGGUUUCUGCUUUUAUGUUUAUUUUCUUCUUGUUUCUUUAGGUUUAAUUGAUGUUCUUUUUAUAACUUCUUGAAUUGGGGAAUUCCUAAGUUUUUGGAAGCUUACCUCAUUGUACCCUUUCUUUUCUGUUUUUUAAAUAUAUGUGUUUAGGCUAUAAUUUUCUCUCUAAGCAUGAUUUUUAGCUGCAUUCCACAAAUUUUAAUAUAUAAUACUCCAUUGUGUUCAAAGUAUCUACUAAAGUCCAUGUAAUUUCUUUUACCCAAAUAUUAUUUGGAAGUGUAUUUCCUAAUUUCCAAAUAUACGAUAAUUAUCUAAUUAUUUGCUAAUGAUUUCUAGCUUGGUGAAAGAAUAUUCUCUUACAUUUUUUGGAUCUUCUUUCAUGGCUCAACAUCCAAUCUUUUUGUAAAUAUUUGAUGUGUAUUUGAGAAGAAUGUGAAUUCUGCCAUUCUUGAUGCUAAUGUUCUGUGUACAUCCAUUAGGUGAGGUUUCUUAUUGUGUAGCUCAAAUUGUCUGUAUCAUUAUCGAUAUUUGUUUUCUUGUACUAUUAGUGACUGAAAGUCUCCCAAAAUGAUUGUCAAUUUUUCAGUGUUUCUCUUUAUUCUGUCAAUUUUUGUUUUAUCUAUUUUGAGGCUAUGUUAUUAGUUUUAUACAAAUAUAGAAUUCUUAUUAUCUGUCUGAUA